AUGUCAUUGGCCUCUCUGAGAGGUGCAACGAGUCAAUCCGAAUGUCAAUCCGAAUUGGAGGAAUCGUGUGUCGUGACGGAGCUGGACGAGCAAGAGUUAGAAGGACUGCCAAAAUUGAAGACCUCAAACCUCAGAACACAACGCUCUUCCCGCCAGCGACCGACCAUUGCAGCACUACAAAGCCUACCACCGAUGCUCUUUGCUGGGAAUGAAGGGGUACUUGUUAUUAAAAUUGGACUAGUAUAGGCUAACCAUCUACAACUUAUCGCGAAGCAGGUAUCAGCUUUCAUUUUCUGUUUUUACCGUUUAUCCACUUAUGCUACAUGGGCGCUUCUAUGUCGACUUGGUGCUGAUGCCACUUGCUGACUGUUAUUUCCAGCGCUUGCUUGUUGAGAUACUUCAAGCUAUUGACUUUGUUUUACCUCUUUUCCGUCAAGCCACUGAUAUCCAUGACGAUGGCACGCACUAGUAGUUUUCGUGUCUUACAACUAGGAUUACCUCUCCCCUCAAAAGAGGAUCUUUACCUUUCAAAUAUAAUCAACUAAACCCGAAGCCCUCCACAACGCGCACCGAAGCUGAGGAGCUUGCUGGACCUUCAGAAAUGCCUAAAGAAUCACCAAAGUAUAUGCAAGCUGAAGCGGCGAAGAAAAGCUCAUAUAUGGGUGGUUUCUUUGGCCUUUUCGGAAUGGGAGGCGCUGCUGCUGAACAAGAUGAACAAAAUAAGUCCUCCGGAGAGGGAAAACCCACUUCCAAUGCAGCACAAAACAAGUCAGGAGAAAGCAUUACAACUGCUUCUUUAACUGGAGCAGUGGGAUCGUCGGAACUUGUUGGAGAUGGAGAAAAGAGGAAUUAUAUGUCCGGAUUAGAGGAGGUGGCGCAAAAGCAUGACGGCGGAAAAGGGACAACUACUUCUACUAAGCAAAAUACGACUAAUGUAGUUGCGUCUGAAAAUUAUGCCACCUCGACUGGUGAUGCGGUUCCUGGUGACGUAGUUCCAGUUUUUACAGGAAAUCCAGAGCAUUGGACUCCUAGCUCUUCCGGUAGAGAAGCCGCGGAGUCCCUGCUCGCUACGGAACGCCGUCUCAGCGCCAACCCCAUAACUGAGGGUGGCGCUUCUUCCCGUCUGAUUGAUCGUGGUGUGGAUGUGAGCGGGACUGAAGUUCCUUCUGUGGCUGUGCCAGACCACCCGACAGGCACCAGCCGCAUCAUCCAGCCCGAUCAAAUCGUUCGUGCCAGUGCUGUUUUACAAGACAACAUUCGCGGCUCCACUUCGAGUAAUGUGGACAAGAACAUGCGGGAUUUGACGGAGGAAGCUUUCCUGACGAAAGAGCAGAUCGAGAGCGCGAUCGCCCACGAAGGAGAAGAGGAGAACAAGCAAAAGGCGAAGCAAGGUAUGGCGGAUUUGGCCAAGAGUAUGAAGGAAAUGCUCUCUCUGGUAAAAAGGGUAACGGUGCCAGAAGCACCUAUCGUGAGUGUCCUUGCCGAUGACGACGUCGACUUGCCGAACCGUUUGAGUGUGGGGACAGCGAGUGUGGAGGAUGCUGAGGGGAAGCAAGCAAGAGCCUUGUUGAUCUCGAAAGCAGGG